AUGAGUAGUACUGCAACUCAGCCGCGUUAUAGCUUGAAUCGAAAGGUUGCUGUCAUGGGAUACCCUCAUGUUGGUAAAUCAUCGAUUGUCCAACGUUUCACCCAGAAUAUGUUUCCGGAUAGGUACGAAACAACAAUUGAGGAUCAGCAUACAAAACACCACACUGCCUUUCAUCGCGACUUCAAUUUGCGUGUGACUGACACCGCAGGACAACAGGAAUAUACCGUGUUUCCGAGAAGCUGCUCUCUCGAUGUUGCUGGAUUUCUACUAGUCUACGCUAUCGACGAUAGAAAAUCGUUCGAUAUCUGCAGCAGUAUUUAUGAAAAAAUUAUCUCGGUCUAUGGAGAUCCAAGUAUUCCAAUUAUCAUUGUCGGAAACAAGUGUGAUUUGGGAACGCAGCGAGUCGUUCAACAAGAAGAGGGAAAAGAACUGGCGAAACAGUGUGAAGCCAAGUUCGUGGAAAUCACUGCAAGAGAAACGAAUCGAGUGAAUGAGGUGUUCGAGUUGCUUCUUCGCGAGAUAGAAAUCUCGCGCGGAAAUUUGAGGGGUCCUCCACAGCAACAGACAAAGGAACAAACUUCUUCAGACCCUAACGACCCAAAGAACUGCGUCAUCUCAUAA